AGGCCUCCGUCGUCCUCAGCGCCUGUUCGACGAUGCUGACCGCCGUGACCUUCCCCACCACCGCCUUUCUGAGCAUCGAGGUGAUCUGGAGGCUGGAUGACGAGGGUGCCGGCUUUCCCCCCUCGGCGUUCCUGAUAUCGUUGGCGAUCUUUACCAUCCCCAUCGGCCUGGGCCUGCUCCUGCAGCGGAUCUGCACCCCCGCGACCCUCCGAAAAGCCUUCGCCGUUGGCCUCGCCGCGGGGAUCGCGUUCGUAUUGCUUUCGGCGUCGGUCUACAUGGCCGACGAGACGUCGAGGGCGUCGAUCGCAGCUAUGGGCAGCCCGGCGGUGUUCCUGCUGGCCUUCGUCCUCAACGGCGUGGGGCUCCUACAGGGCUACGCGGUCGGGUACCUGUGCGGUUUCUCCGAGGAGCACUGCCGCACGCUCACCUUCGAGG